AAAGAAGCCCAGUUAGAACAAGAUUUGGAGAGGGAUAUAUUUCUUCUUUGGAGAAUGAAUGGGAAAAAUGGUAGCAUUGAGAUCAAUAUACCGCAGGUUAGCAAAGUUAUUUUCCAUGAUGCUGAGAAGAGCUCUGGCUUGUCAUGCAGAGGAUGGAUUAUGGAGGUCUGGAAAUUUUGCAAGGAAGAUACCAACAGAAUAAUAUUCGCUUUGAAAGUUGGCCUUGCUGUUCUUCUGGUUUCGCUGCUAAUUCUGAUCCGGGCUCCUUAUCAUGUCUUUGGAUCCAACAUUAUAUGGUCUAUCCUCACUGUGGCCAUCAUGUUCGAAUAUACGGUUGGAUCCACGUUCAAUAGAGGAUUCAACCGAGCACUUGGAAGCCUGCUGGCAGGAGUUUUAGCAAUUGUUGUUGCUCAAAUAGCCUUAAACACUGGUCCUGUUGCUGAGCCUAUUAUUAUUGGUAUCAGCAUCUUCCUAGUUGGGGCUAUUACAUCCUUCAUGAAGUUCUGGCCUCCUCUUGCGCCAUAUGAAUAUGGUUUUCGCGUAAUACUCUUCACCUACUGCCUGAUCAUUGUUUCUGGAUAUCGAAUGGGGAAUCCAAUAAGAACAUCCAUGGAUCGGCUUUAUUCAAUAGCCAUUGGAGGGAUUGUAGCAGUCUCAGUGAAUGUACUAAUAUUUCCUAUUUGGGCUGGGGAGCAGUUGCAUCAAGAACUUGUAACUAACUUUAAAUCAGUGGCUGACGCUCUUGAAGAAUGUGUUAAAAAGUAUCUAGAAGACGAUGGAUCAAAUCAUCCAGAGUUCUCAAGUACUGUGAUGGAUGACUUUCCAGAUGAGCCUGCAUACAAGAAAUGUCGAUCCACUUUGAGUUCUUCUGCUAAACUGGAAUCAUUGGCUAAUUCAGCCAAAUGGGAGCCGCCGCAUGGCAGGUUCAGUCACUUCUUCUACCCAUGGUCAGAGUACGUGAAAGUCAGUGCAGUUUUGCGAUACUGUGCAUACGAGGUUAUGGCACUUCAUGGCGUUCUUCACUCAGAAAUUCAGGCCCCUUAUAAUCUCAGAAUCACAUUCCAGCAAGAGAUCCAGGAUGCUACAACUGAGGCAGCUGAGCUAGUUAGAUGUUUAGGAAAUGAUAUACGCGAUAUGCAGAAAGGUCUCAAAGCUCCUAUACUGAAAAAGGUGCACGCCACAACUGAGCGUCUUCAACGAGCAAUAGAUAUGCAUUCGUAUCUCCUCAUUUCCACUUAUGAUCAGCCUCCUGAUAGACAACUGCCGAAGUUGUCCCACACUUUGUCUGCCAACUUGAGUGACUUUUCAAACCAGAUGGCUGAGAUCGAUGUUACGCUUCGGGACGAACAAAACUUGAACAUUCCGCCCUCCCAGCCAUUAGGAAGUUUUCCUCCAGCGCAAACAGAAUCUUAUCAUGAGAGUAUGAGAAAACAUUCGAGAAGGCUCCAUUCUUGGCCUUCCAGAGAAGUUGAUGCUUUCGAAGAGGAGGGAGGUAAUAGUGCAGAUUUCGUUCCCAAAAUGCAGGCGCUGGAGAGUACUGCUCAUCUGUCACUUGCUACUUUCACAUCAUUACUUGUUGAGUUCGUUGCUCGACUUGAUCAUCUGGUCGAAGCAGUUGAUGACCUCUCUAAGAUGGCAAAGUUCAAGAUUCAGACGGCAUAGAAGUGGAAGUAAUGUGCAUGGGAAUACUGGA